UUAUUUGAUUCUUUCUUUUUAGAUCCUUAAAGCAUGAAUAAUGGUUCUCAGAUGAAGGUCUUUCUUUGUAUAUUUUUCAACUUUCGAAAAUUUCUAGCACUAACCAAGGUUAUAUAAAUUGUUUUGUCCUUACGAUGAUUUAUUUUACAAGGGAUAACCUACGCAUUACGACUCUAUCUCUUUCACAAUACAAUACAAUUCUUGGAAGCGAAAUUAACGGACGCGCGAAUUUCGAACUGCGCGCUUCCGAGGGAGGGGGUUGAGACGCGCCGCUCGAUUGGCCGAUCGCGUAGAGACGCAGAGGGGCAUCGACCGGUCUCGGCGUCGGUCUGCUAUUCGAGUAGCAGUUCGUUGGGUUGCCACCAAUACACAAGAGCCGCGGAUCGUACUAUCGCCGACCAUUGGUCCUCAAUUCGUCGACCAAUCAUUGGGAAAGUGCCCACGAAAAUAUCCAAUUGAGAUUUCAUCAUGGAGCAACUCAGCGAGGGACAAGCAGUAGUGGUUGGUGGUGCAGGAGGUACUGUACAAGUUGUUCAGAUGGGUCAAGGCGGACAGACUAUGAUGCUUCCACAGGCUAUACAGGUAGCAGCGCCCAAUGGACAAAUCCAAGUAGUUCCUGUCUCUAGCCUGACUAACACCGGUCAGCAGAUAGUUAUUCAGCAGCCACAGACACCACAGAUUAUUCAAACCCCUGAUGGGCAGACUUAUAUCUAUCAGCCUGUACAAUUGGAAGGUCAAGUUCAACAACCACAACCGACAGUGAUAAAUCUCAAUGGCAAUCUCAUGCAAAUCGCUGGUACAACAUCACAAGCUGCAACUACUGCAGCUACUACUGCCCCAGUACAACCUUUAGGCAGUCCUACAUCGACAAUGUCACAAACGGGAAAUGUUGUUAUGAUGGUGCAACCAGGCAAUAGCGGACAAACACAAGCGUUCCAAAGAGUAGCAUUACCUCAUGCAGAACUUCUUGAAGAGGAACCAUUAUAUGUGAAUGCAAAACAAUACAGACGGAUAUUGAAACGUCGCCAAGCACGUGCUAAGCUAGAAGCUGAAGGAAAGAUACCUAAGGAAAGGCCGAAAUAUCUCCACGAAUCCCGUCAUCGACAUGCGAUGAACAGAAUUCGUGGCGAGGGCGGCCGUUUCCAUUCUGGUCAAGUGAAAAAGCGGAAUAGAGGAAAUGCAAACUCCACGAUUACCCAGCACAUCACAACUUCAACCAGCACCGAUAGCAUUCAUACUGUAGCAAUAGCAGCCCCAAAUGUAGGUGUACAAUAUCACGACACAGACAAUAUGGCAUCCACAAUUGUAAUUGAAAAACCAAAUAUUCCUCUGCAAGACAUGAUCUCUGAUGACGACAUUGUUACCUCAAACAAUCAUAUGAUAUAGAUAAUAUCAUAAAUUGGAACUCUCAAAACACAAAUAAGCAUAAAAGGUUAGGUUAUGUGUCGAUUAUAUUGGACAUUCACAUUUUGUAAAUAUUUUCAUCCCCCUAGGUGCAAUGUAUAAUACAAGUGUAAUUUUUUCAAAAAGCUGUGUGAUUUUUACAUAACUAUAGAUAUGAGAUUGUAUAUAAGGUUGCAUACAGAUAUAUCUCUUUUAUUUCUUCUUUUCUAUUAUUAUAUCAUACUUAGUUAAUAAUCAACGAUUAAAAAUUUUGCUGAUAAACUAGGUUUAAGUUAAAAAAAAAAAAA